GUUGUUGAGCAGCUCGGGCAAGGCGGCGGUGGGGCUGUUUAUAAGGCCGUCCAUAAGGACACGGGGAAAGAAUACGCACUGAAGAGGCUGAAUGGUGACACGGAGCAAACCCGAGCUGAGGUUGAUGUGAUGGCCCACAAGAGGCCUCAUCCAAAUGUCGUGGAUAUGCACGGAUCGUACAUAU